AUUUAAGUAAAUAAAAUCAAUGCACGAGUUAAUUAUAAUAGUGCAAUUUUAGGAUCGAGCUAUCAAAUUCUUGUCACACCGGAAACAUAAAUAUAAAUUGUGUCAAAGAAGCAGAAACUGAGACGUUGGUAGACGUCAUGACGGACGGAGGCUCUCCACUGUCUGUUGCUGUGGUCUGCUCCAGUAAUCAGAACAGAAGUAUGGAGGCACACAGCUUUUUAAGUAAGCGGGGGUACAAUGUACGAUCUCUUGGAACUGGUAGUCAAGUGAAGUUACCAGGAGCUACAUUGGACAAGCCCAAUAUUUAUGAUUUCAACACAACCUACGAUGAAAUGUACAGAGACCUCAUGAGAAAGGAUCCAGAAUUAUAUACACAGAAUGGAAUUCUCCACAUGCUGGAUAGGAACAGAAGAAUUAAACCAAUGCCAGAGAGGUUUCAGGCCUGCAAGGAGAAAUUCAAUGUCAUCAUCACAUGUGAAGAAAGAGUGUACGAUCAAGUCAUAGAAGACUUUGAAACAAGAGAAAAGGAAGACAUGCAGCCUGCUCACAUCAUAAACAUUGACAUCCAAGAUAAUCACGAGGAAGCCACGAUUGGAGCUUUUCUGAUUGGAGAUCUGGUUACCAUGCUGUUUGAGUCUGAAGAUCUGGACAAUGAUAUAGACGAGAUUUUACAAGAUUUCGAGCCCCGAGCUGGCAGACCCAUUCUCCACACGGUCUGUUUUUACUGACCUCUGGUCUGCUGUGAAGGUGUUGGAUGGAUUAAAAUGCAGAACUAUUUCUGUUGACCUCUGAUUUGAAAAGAAUAUCCCCUCAUCAGUUGCCAAGUCAUUGAUACUGAACUUGUAUGACAAACUACAUUUAUGUAUAUGUCAUUGUUGUUUGUUAAAAGUCAUUAUGUUUAGUUGAUCCACGGAAUAAUGUAAAAAUUUGUUUUAUAACAAAAACUAUUCAUACUUUUUAUCAUUUUAAAAUAAAGCAAAUGAAAUGCUGAUGCUAAUGAAAUGUAAUAUUCCAUGGUUGUAUUAAGGAAAAUUGACAAUUUUAAUUAAUUAAUAUUUUCUUUGAAGAACUUGACAUUUUCUUAUACUUGUGUACAUUUAGACUCUGAUUUUAAUAAAUGGAUAUUUUCUUUACAAAACUUGACAAUUUCACAAAAUGUGUGAAAAUUUAGACUUUAUAAAGCUCUAAAUGGUUAAGCUGGAACUUUCCAUUGCUAUAAAGACUUUAUGUGUUGUUAAUUUAUCUUUGUCUUUUCAUUUUAUUGUGUGUUUCAUGUUUCAAACUUAAAAUUUAUUACAUUAAGCACCAAAAUAUCUGGGUUCUGUUACAAUUUUAUUGUACAACAGAAAUAAAGCUUAUUUUUGUUUUAA